AUGGACGAAGUGGAAAGGGAAAUGGUGUCAGUUACUGUGGACCUCGCCGUGCUUGAGGUGGAAGCGGAAGAAGAUGUGCUAGGAUCCACUAGAUCCUGGAUGUCACCAGAUACCGGGUACAUUGCCGGAGUCAACCAUAAAGGGACUGAGCCAAGGGGUAUGAUCAUCGUGCCAAGACUAUCAAUAAAGACAGGCGUGGCAACGCCGCCCACCAUUACCGUGGCAGCCAAGCCUGCAGCAGGAAUUAUUGGCAAUCCAGCCAGCACAUCAUUAGAAGCUUUCUCUUUAACAAAAGUCACACUCUCAGAAGGAUUCGAUGGAUUGGUGACGAUGGCUUUGGCCGAGUCGGAGGUGGGGACGGGAAUGGCAGCAACUUCGAUGGAAGUUGCCGUAAUGAUUACAGCAGCUGCAGAUGAACUAGGUGUCUUUGUAGAAGAGCUCGAAGAAGUCGCUGAAGUCGCUGAAGCGGCACUUGAACUGGGGCUGGAGCUUGAACUGGGGCUGGAGCUUGAACUGGGGCUGGAGCUUGAACUGGGGCUGGAGCUUGAACUGGGGCUGGAGCUUGAACUGGGGCUGGAGCUUGAACUGGGGCUGGAGCUGGGACCGGAGCGGCUAGUAACCCAAGUGCUAGAUGAUGACUGA